GGACGGUCGGCGGCUCGGCCACCCCUCUCCCUCCCUUGCGCCCCGGGCCAUGGAGCAGCCGCCGGCGCCCAAGAGCAAGCUAAAAAAGCUGAGUGAAGACAGUUUGACUAAGCAACCUGAAGAAGUCUUUGAUGUCUUGGAGAAGCUUGGUGAGGGAUCUUAUGGAAGUGUAUUUAAAGCGAUACAUAAGGAAUCUGGUCAAGUGGUGGCAAUUAAGCAAGUUCCUGUUGAAUCAGAUCUUCAGGAAAUCAUCAAAGAAAUUUCUAUCAUGCAGCAAUGUGACAGCCCCUAUGUUGUAAAGUACUAUGGCAGUUACUUUAAGAAUACUGACCUUUGGAUUGUUAUGGAAUACUGCGGAGCUGGCUCUGUUUCAGACAUAAUUCGAUUACGGAAUAAGACGUUAACUGAAGAAGAAAUUGCAACUAUUCUUAAAUCUACUUUGAAAGGCCUUGAAUAUUUACAUUUCAUGAGAAAAAUACAUCGAGAUAUAAAGGCAGGAAACAUUCUCCUCAAUACAGAAGGACAUGCAAAAUUAGCAGAUUUUGGAGUGGCUGGGCAAUUAACGGAUACAAUGGCAAAACGCAAUACAGUUAUUGGAACUCCAUUUUGGAUGGCUCCUGAAGUAAUACAAGAAAUUGGUUAUAACUGUGUGGCAGACAUCUGGUCCCUUGGUAUCACAUCUAUAGAAAUGGCAGAAGGAAAACCACCUUAUGCUGAUAUACAUCCAAUGAGGGCUAUUUUUAUGAUUCCCACAAAUCCACCACCAACAUUCCGGAAGCCAGAAUUUUGGACUGAUGAAUUCAAUGAUUUUGUCAAGAAGUGCUUAGUGAAGAAUCCUGAGCAGAGAGCCACAGCAACACAGCUUUUGCAGCAUCCUUUUAUCAAGAAUGCCAAAGCAGUAUCAAUUUUAAGAGACCUGAUUACAGAUGCUAUGGAAAUAAAGGCUAAAAGACAUGAAGAACAACAGCGAGAACUGGAAGAAGUGGAAGAAAAUUCGGAUGAAGAUGAAUUGGAUUCCCAUACCAUGGUGAAGAAUGCUUUGGAAAAUGUGAACACCAUGCGAGCUGCCAGCACAAUGAGUGAAGGGGCUCAGACCAUGAUUGAACAUAAUACCACCAUAUUAGAAAAUGAUUUGGGAACCAUGGUCAUAAAUAGUGAGGAUGAAGAAGAAGUCGAUGGAACUAUGAAAAGAAAUACAACUUCAUCACAAGUGCAACGACCAUCUUUUAUGGAUUAUUUCGAUAAACAAGAUUUCAAAAGUAAGAGUCAUGAAAACUCUGACAAAAGCAUACAUGAACAGGUCCCCGUGUCAAAAAACAUUUUUCCUGACAACUGGAAAGUUCCUCAAGAUGGAAACUUUGAUUUCCUGAAAAACCUAAGUUUAGAAGAAUUGCAAAUGCGUCUAAAGGCAUUGGACCCAAUGAUGGAAAGAGAAAUCGAAGAGCUUCGUCAAAGUUAUAAUGCAAAAAGACAACCGAUCCUGGAUGCAAUGGAUGCAAAAAAACGAAGACAGCAAAACUUUUGAGUUUAAUAUCUUCUCAGACAGCAUGUGUAGUUAGUUUAGAUGCCAGUAAACCAUUAUCAGUUGAAGGAAUCAUAGUGUUAUGAUUAUUUCUGUUAUUUUUAAUCCAUGAGAUUUGUGCUUCACAACCCAACAAUGUUGAAAUUCUGAAGGAGCCCCCAUUCAGAAGUUACAAUAGAGGGCUUAAAUUUACCAGUGCAAGCACAGUAAUUUUAUUUUUGAACAAUGAAAGCAACAGAAAUUUUCAUUAUUAUUUUCCUAAAAGCCCAUCAGUUAUAUAAUAUCAGUACUAAAUCUUUGUUGUACAAUUAAAAUUAUACUCAUGGGAACUUAAAGACCCAAAGCUAUUGUUCAUUUGUGCAACGUUGCCCAGCUUUAUGUUACAAUAUUUCUUAUUCCCAUCUAUUAGCCUAUUUAUUAUAUCCCCUUAGGUAAACUUAUUUAUUUAUGCCAUUUUGCUUUUGUUUGUUUUCAAAGAGAAAUUGGAUGUUUUUGUUAGAGGCAGAACCUGAUCAGCAGUUGAUAAUUUACUACUAAAUUGCUCCAUAACUAAACAGGGAGAUAAGUGGUACAAAUCACUUGAAAAUCAUAGUAGUUCUUAUUUCCCAAGACUUUUUGAGCUUUAAAGAAGCAGUAAUAGCUAUAACACCCAAGCUAUGACUGCCUAAUUAGGCCAGCUUCUUUUUUUACAUGGAAAAUCCCAUUUUACCUUGUGGCCACUGAGUUUUCACGUUUGCUUGAAUUUUUUACUUAUUUUGAUAUUUGGUACAAGUAGAAUCAUAUAUUUUGGAGUCAGGUAAAGCUAUAAAAGGCAUGAAUUUCAAAACCAAAGAAAUCAAUAGACAGCUUGUACAAAAAUUAAGUAUGUAGUAAAUAUUAAAAAUGAAAAACUAAUCAUACCUUUAAUGUGUUAAUAUUGUUCCAUUUGUAUAUCUGGAAUCUGAACUAUGUCACAUUACAGUGAGCUCAUGACAUUUAUUUCUGUGAAAAUGUGGUCCACUGUCUAAGGACAUUUUGUUGUUGUUAUUCAUAAUUUGGGGGGACGUGGUAAGCAAUCCUGUGCCUGAUGACAACAGAACAAAAAGACAAUUUAUACUCAACUGUGCACCCCAGAGACUGCAAAAAAAAUAUUAAAACAGUCAAGCAAAAAUAUCACUUCUAAGCAGAAUGAGCAUUUGUGCAAUGAAUUGGGACCAAAUGAUUUCCUAAACCUUGUAUGUCCAUCCUGACAGUAUUUGUUCUUAAAUGUCCUUAAUUCUAUCAUGUAAAUCAUAAAGAUAAAUAAAUUUCACUGUAUUAGUUAGAA